UGUUGUUGGUGGUGUUGAUGUCGAACUCAUCGUACGCCUCACUCACAGCUGGAGCGGCAAACUGCUUUGAGUUUGUUAUUGUGGUAGUUGAGCGAGCGACAGCAACUGCAGCUGACUGCGACUGCGACUCAGACUGAGACUGAGACUGUGAUUCAAAACAGGGGUGCGGAUUGUUGUGCCGGGCCAGAGUAUUGGCCACGCAGUGAGUCAGUUGACAACGUCGAGUUAUCGAGAGAGCACACAGAACACACAAACAGAAUGCAGCUAAGGCGGCAAGAAGCUGCAGCUGGAACAACGCUGACAACACUCAACGAUGAUUGCCUGCUGUUGAUCUGUGGCCAAAUCCCAAUUAGAGACCAAUUCAUGCUCAUGCAGUUGGGUGGACGAUUCGAGCAGCUGGUGCUGCAUAUUUGGCAACGCAAAUACGCCGAUGAGUUCGAUUGGCAACUGGAGCCGCAAUUAAAGUUGCUAAGCGCCAGCGAGCAGAGUCAACUGCUGACACACAUGGCUGGCAUGACACGAGCACUGCUUAAUCUCGACGCCAGCACCGAGGGACUACAGCACUGGCUGACGAUCCGAGGUGGAGAAGCAGCAGGUAAACAACAGCAGCAAUUGAGCGACAUACAGCGGAUAAGCUUUGCGCAAUGUAACGCGAUGCUGUUGGAACAAUUGCCGCGUGUUGUUGUCGCACCGAACAUUGUCCAGUUGCAACUUGGCGCCUGUUUGGGUAUAACGCCCGCGGAUCUGGUCACACUCUUUGCCCAGCUGAGGCAACUAACGGUGUUCGAGCUGUUGCCAGGCGGCCGAAACAGUGGCUGCUUGUGCAGCACAACUCCAGUUUCAAUUGCUGAGUUGGCCAACGUGGCAUAUUGUCAAACAUUGCAGUGCCUGAAAUUGCCAUCGUGCGCGGUGCGUGCAACUGCCACGGAAAUUGCACGGCUGCCACAGCUGCGGCAAUUGACAGGCUUCCUUUGCUGCAGUCGCGACAUCGUCGCCGACGCUGACAAAGGCAAGGCAAAUGCUGUCGGUGCUGUUGUUGGCGCUGCUGUGGCCACAGCUACCAUAUCCGCCUGCCUCGCGGCGUUGCAAGUUGAUAGGGAUGCGAUUGAGGAUGAGGAUGAGGAGAGUGAAGCAACAGCGGAUGACGAUGACGAUGACGAUGCCGCUGUCGCCUGUCAAAUUGUGGCAUUGAAUUUGCAAUGUCAACUGGAUGGCAGCUUGCUGCGAGUGCUGCAAGGCCACUUGAGAGUGCUGCGACUGCAUCGAUUCGCAUGGCACUCACAGUUGAUGGUGCACUAUGAUGCGACCGAUGGCAGCAUCAAGUGGCUGCCACAGCAGCCGCAAGUGGCGCGUGCGUUGCUCCACUUCAUUGUCAGUCAGGCGGCGAGUUUGCAUGAAUUGGAUUUCACGCGUAAUGUGCAUGCCACGCCCACAUUUCUAGCACAGCUCGAUGAGCAUUUCUUGCACCAUUCACCCAACGCUCGCAAGGUGGCGCAUCAGUUGGCCGUGUGGCACGAUGGCUGCCCCAGGCUGCAGAUGUCAAACGAGCAGCACGAUACAAUUGCCAAUUGCAUUGGCAAUCGAGAGUGCAACAACAAUAACGAUUUGGCCUUUGUACACUUUGAGCUGCAGCAUUUGGCUAAUGAAAAGACGAUCUGCUGCUGUUGAUGCCAACAUGAUUGAGCGAGGGGCGAGAAUAGAGAGUAUUAAAGUUACCAAAGACAACGGAUGAAAAUGGAUUAGCAUUUAAGAAAAUAUAUAUAUUUAUGUAGUUAAAAAUAUUGAUAGAGAAUCUCACUAUAAAAAUAAAUAAAUUUAAACAAAAACCCACACAUUUUAUCUUGUUUUCGUGCAUAAGAAUGUCAACUAGUAUGUGAGCUUGU